AUGGCCUCCGCAGGAUCAACGACCAUCGACCAUGGCAAAGAAUCAGAGAUGGAUUAUGCGAAGAAAUUCACAAAUGACAAGGAUGUCAUCUGGUGGAAGGAAAACAUCGAGCAUAGAGUAACACCCGAGGCUCGAAAAAUGCUCGAGGAAUACAGCAGCAUCCCACCAGAUGAAGUCCUCCCGCACAUCUACAGAAUCCGUGACAAAGCCGGGCCAUAA